AUGUCCUCCUCUGCCGCUGAUCCGGCAUCUCCGACGCCUUCUCCCUUCAAUUAUAUUCUCUCCUUUCUGCUUGUCGGCAUCUGCUGGGGCUUCACGACGCCCUUCAUCCGCAAGGCCGCUGUCAACUACACAGCUCCAUCCCAUCCUUCCAUCACCGACCCGACCCGAUCCUGCAUCUCGCGACAGAUUGCGAAGGCGUUCUUCACUGUCGUGGGACUUUUGAAGACUCCGACUUAUGCUGUUCCAUUGCUUCUGAAUCUGACGGGGAGUAUCUGGUUCUUCUUGUUGGUUGGACAAGCCGGUAUGUAG